AGCAUUUCUAAUUUUUACAGUGAAUCAACAUACAUCUCUCUCUCUCCUGUCCAUCUGUCCGUCAGCCUUAAAGGGAUAGUUCACCCAAAAAUGAGAUUUCAGACCUUUGAGAGAAUGAAUAAAGUAGAAUUUAUUUAGUUUUGGGGUGAACCAUCCCUUCAAUCAAAAACCAGCCAAUUCCAUCCACAUGUACACCCCAUAACCGCAGACCAAACACACAAACGCUGCAUCUCUCGAGUGUUUGGUGUGAAGACCGGCCCUGCCGCCAGCUCUAUGGACAGAUGGUCUCCAGGAUCUCAGCUGUGUCGCUUCACUUCAGGUGUCUGUCCUGCUCUCCAGUGUCACACAUAAGAUCUCCAGCUCAAGGGGUUUUGGGUUUCCACUAAGCAGGGCGCAAAACCGCUCACCUGUGCAGCGUUGCCUGGCUACCCUCAUCUUUAAUUUAACACGCCAGACCCGACUGCAGACGGCCGCGUACGCCUCGGUCUUCACCAUGCAGCAGGACUCAGAGAAGACGACUUGCGACUGCGAGCCAAUGCAGAACGGAGAGGCCAUGAGUCCAGAUGUGCAGGACUCCAAAGGUUCACCGGGGGACGAGGAGAGCCAGAGAGCCGUCCCGUCCGCACCGCCGCUGCCGCAGGAAACUUCUCCGUGUCCGAGGCCCAAACUGGUGUUUCACACGCAGCUGGCGCACGGAAGCCCAACGGGACGCAUUCAUGGGUUCACCAACGUGAGGGAGCUUUACACCAAGAUCGCAGAGGUGUUCAACAUCUCGGCCUCUGAGAUUCUUUUCUGCACGCUAAACUCCCAUAAAGUGGACAUGCAGAAGCUGCUGGGGGGUCAGAUCGGACUGGAGGACUUCAUCUUCGCGCACGUGAGGGGAGAAACCAAAGAGGUGGAGGUCAUUAAAACAGAAGAUGCUCUGGGUCUGACCAUCACUGACAACGGAGCGGGAUACGCCUUCAUUAAAAGGAUAAAGGAAGGCAGCACCAUUGACAGAAUAAAAACGGUGUGUAUCGGCGAUCACAUCGAGGCCAUUAAUGACCAGAGCAUUGUGGGAUGUCGACAUUAUGAAGUGGCUAAGAUGCUGAAGGAGCAGACGAGAGGAACGCCCUUCACCCUGCGCCUGGUGGAGCCCAAAAAAGCCUUUGACAUGAUAGGCCAGAGGACACGAGCGCCCAAGUCCAGCGAGGGCAAGAUGGUGAGCGGGAAAGAGACUCUGCGUCUGCGCUCCAAAGGUUCAGCCACCGUGGAGGAAAUCCCCAGUGAGUUCGAAGACAAGGCUAUCAGGAAGGUCGAUGAUCUUCUCGAGAGCUACAUGGGGAUUCGCGACCUUGAACUCGCGACGACCAUAGUGGAAGCCGGGAAGAACAAGCAGAACCCGGAUGAUUUCGCAGAGGCGCUCGACUCCGUUCUGGGGGACUUCGGCUUUCCUGACGUCUUUCUGUUCGACGUGUGGGGCGCUCUGGGAGACGUCAAAAACGGGCGGAUUUAGAGAGUAAGUAAAGACAUCUGAGAGGCUGAUUUAUGACGUCUGUCAUCUGUUUUCAUAUACUCAAUCCUCCCAAUUCCCACACUGAUCCUGAGGAAUGGAGAACGUCAAGGUAUUAGCGAAUAAACAAUGGGCUAAAGUGUGUACGAAGUAGGUCAAACUGUAUUUCCCACCGAUGUGUAUAGCUAAGUAGGGGUUAAACCAAUCUUUUAUGUGUUUUACAUUAUAUAUUUGACUUUAGAAGCAUUACAAUCAAGUAUAUGAUAGCAGACAUUAGCUUAGCUUAGCCUAGCCUAGCCUUUGUUUGUUCUGUCUUUUGUGUUAUGUAUAAUUACAACGUGUUACAGGUGAAAUGAAUGAUCUUUUACGAUUAAUGAGAUCUUGUGACACGAAUGGCUUGUGUAUAUAUGCAUCAUCACUUUUUGACACAUUUGAAUUAAUUAUAUGUACACAUUUAAUGUGUAGCUAUUUAAGUCAAAAAUCUGCUAAGUGUUUGCGCAUUGUAUAUCGUGUUUUACAGUGUACGUACCCCUUUUACAUGACUUGAUGUGACAUAUUUGAAUAUAUUUAAAGAUUAAAAACGCUCUAGCAUACCACAAA